AUGACUGACUGUAUCACUUCUCAUGGACAGCACCUACAGCCUACGUUCCACUGCACCCUGUCUUCCACCACCAUUGACUACAUCCUUGCGUCUGCAGACCUUCAUCCUCGCACUACUAACCCACAAAUUAUGGCUCUCAGGGCUGGGAAACACUGGCGUAAAAAUGGGGAGACUUUGGCAGGAUACCUCAAACGCGCUAUUUCCAUUUGCCAAUCCCGCAAAGUCAUUGCUAGCCUCUGUCACCCUCUUACAAACGACAUUUUCACCACACCCAACACCAUGACUGAGGCUGCCGCAGUCUUCUAUGAAGGCUUGUACACCUCUGAUCCUAUAGACCACUCUGCUGUAGAUGAGCUGCUCCCUCAUUUACCUUCAGAUCUCCAUUUGCCUGAACUUGCACAGGACUAUAUGACUCUGCUAUUUGCUCUUGACACAAUUCAGUCAGGUGCUGCCCGUUCUCCCAGCUUCAGUAGCCUGGGCCCAGAUGGUUUGCCAUAUGAGAUCCUCCACCUCGUUUUCACUCAUCCCAUGUGUGGCAAUAUCGUUUCCCAGAUAUAUAACGAUUCCUUGUCAAAGGGAAUCUUUUCUCUUUCUUGGCAGUCCACUUGUGUCUGCUUGUUGCCAAAAAAAGACGAUCUCAGUUCUCUGAAGAACUAG